UCACCGCGUGCGACGCGUGAGUGUGAGCGGGGACCUGUGGGGCCUGGGUACCGGGAAGUCGGGAGGUUGAGGACUGCUUAUUACCAUGUUCGGCUCCAGCCGGGGCGGCGUGCGCGGCGGGCAGGACCAGUUCAGCUGGGAGGAUGUGAAGACUGAUAAGCAGAGGGAGAACUACCUGGGCAACUCGCUGAUGGCCCCGGUGGGCCGCUGGCAGAAGGGCCGUGACCUCACCUGGUACGCCAAGGGCCGGGCGCACAGCGCGGGUCUGAGCCGGGAGCAGGAGCUGGCGGCUGUGAGGCAGGCGGAGCAGGAGGCGCUCAUGGCAGCGCUGGGCAGGGGCCGAGGCGAGGUCCGCAGCUCCCUGAAGCUCACGCGCGGCCCCCGCAGAGGCUACAAGAACGUAAGGAAGCAGCCCACCGGCCUGAGCAAGGAGGACUUUGUCGAAGUCUGUAAGCGGGAAGGAGGCGACCCCGAGAAGGGAGUGGACCGGCUCCUGGGCCUGGGGAGCUCCAGUGGCUCUGCAGGGCGAGUGGCGCUGUCCCGGGAAGACAAAGAGGCUGCUAAGCUGGGGCUUUCAGUGUUUACGCACCACCGCGUGGAGAGCAGUCGGACAGGGACCUCCCCGGCCUCAGCCAAAAAGAAGCCUCGGUCAGAGGAGAAGGUGGAGCCGGGCCCUGAAAGCCACAGGAAGAGCAGGAAAGAGAAGAAAAAGAAGAAGAGGCACAAGAAAGAGAAGAGGAGGAAAGAAAAGGAGCACGGGAGGGGACCGGAUUCCUCACAGCCCCCUGCUCCCAUCCAGCAUGACUCAGACUCCUCGCCUUGCUGCAAGAGGAAGCGCAGGCAUGACUGCGACUGAGGCCCAGGGACCUGGAGGGCUGGCCUGUGGGGGUCACCCCAGGUCCCCAAAGAGGCUUAGUUGUGGCCAAGUGUGGCUACUUCUAUUCUUCUUUGUGUUGACUCAUUCUUUGUACUUAAAUAAACUUAUUUUAAGUGGAAAG